UUUUAGAACUUUUCUUCUUCUCCACAUUCCCAUGGCCUUCCGCAACGGUUCUAUGAUCCCCGGGGUUGCGCAACCCUCUACGGCGACGAUUCCCCGGCUGCACCAGUCUCACCAAUCUGAGCGACGGCUGGGAGAAUUGCCGGCGGUUUUCGAAACAGAGCAUAUUACGAUCGGUGAAUCUAAGCAGCCGGAGUUUUUUAAAUCAAUCGAUGAUUUGGCUGCGUUUUCAACUGCGGUGGAAGCUUUCAAACGCCAAUUCGAUGAUUUGCGGAAGCACAUCGAGUCAGUUGAGAACGCAAUUGAUUCAGAACUUAAGAGUAACGGCGUUGACAUCGCCGCUUCUUCCAAUUCGCAUCAGCCGUUGUCGCCUCCGCGGAACAAUGCUUCUGCUGAGACCACCGUGACAGUGAGCCAAUCGUCUCAGGAGCCUGCUGAGACUGUACCGGAGACGUCGAAUAAACCGGAGGGGGAACGUUUAUGUGAGUUGAUGUGUAGCAAAGGUCUGCGCAGAUACAUCUGCGGGAAUAUCUCUCAUCGAGCUAAGCUAAUGGAAGAGAUUCCUGCAGCUUUGAAGUUGGCUAAGGAACCAGCGAAGUUUGUGUUGGAAUGCAUUGGCAAGUUUUACUUACAAGGGCGUAAAGCAUAUAGUAAGGAUUCGCCUAUGAUCUCUGCGAGACAAGUUUCGCUUCUCAUUCUGGAGUCUUUUCUUCUAAUGCCUGAUCCUGGUAAAGGGAAGCUCAAGAUUGAGAGUUCUGUGAAAGAUGAGGCAGAGAUGGCAGCUGUUGCGUGGAAGAAAAGACUGAUGGGUGAAGGAGGAUUAGCUGUGGCAGAGCAAAUCGAUGCAAGGGGUCUGCUUCUACUAAUUGCUUGUUAUGGUGUUCCUUCGGACUUUAGGAGUAUGGACCUGUUGGAUUUGAUACGGACGAGUGGUUCCAAUGAGAUUGUGGGUGCUUUGAGGCGGUCACCUUUUCUUGCCCCUAUGAUUUCAGGUAUAGUUGAAUCAAGUAUCAAGCGUGGAAUGCAUAUUGAAGCUCUUGAGAUGGUGUAUACCUUUGGGAUGGAGGAUAAGUUUUCAGCUUCUACAGUACUAACUUCAUUCUUAAGGAUGAAGAAGGAGUCAUUUGAGAGGGAAAAACAGAAAGCCCAGUCACCGAUGGCAUAUAAAGAGGCGGCUGAAAAGCAGCUAGGUGCAUUAUCGUCAGUGAUGCAGUGUAUGAAGACUCAUAAGUUAGACCCUGCGAAAGAAAUACCAGGGUGGCAGAUCAAAGAGGAAAUUGUUAAACUGGAGAAUGUCACUCGUCAGCUCAACAGGGAGAUGGAAGAGAAAGCAAGAUCCAUCACUUUAAUGGAGGAAGAGUUACUCUCCAAGAGAUUGUAUAACGAACAGAUGAAACGUCCGAGGUUGUCACCCAUGGAAAUGCCACCAGUAUCUUCUUCAUCAUAUACUCCUAUCUAUCGUGAUCAAACCUUUCCUAGUCAAAGAGACGAAGACAGUGAUGAAAUAUCAGCUCUUGUGAAUAGUUACCUUGGCCCUUCAUCAUCUUUUCCUCAUCGCUCAAGUCUCAGAAGAUCCCCUGAAUAUAUGGUUCCACCUGGUGGGUUAGGAAGAAGUGUAUAUGCAUAUGAACAUCUGCCUCCAAAUUCUUACUCUCCAGGUAACGGACAGAGACUUGCUCGGCAGUACUCUCCGGUUCAUGGAAGACAUCCACCACAGUACACUCCUCCAACUCAUGGACAACAACAAAUACCAUAUGGUCUACAAAGGGUGUACAUACAUUCACCAUCUGAAGAAAGAUAUUUGGGUAUAUCCAAUCACAAGUCUCCUCGUAGUAACUCAUCACUAGACCAUACAUAGGAGGAAUGUAAAUUUGUCACUGUGUUUUUUUGUUUUUGUUUAAAGUAGUUAUUCUUUUCCCCACCAACAGUCUCAAAAUUUAAGUUAAUGCAAGGGGCUUAAGAAUGCAAAAUUUUCUGCUCUCUGUAAUUAACAUUUCAGAUGCUAAUGUUAUAUGCUUCACAGGUUUUAGUCAACCUCAGAUA